AUGCAUAUUGGCAUUACCCUGAGCUCUUGCUUUCUACUGCUUAACCUCCCUGGCGAUAGAGAACAUCUUGAUUUAUUGGAGAUGAAUAAGACUUCUGUGACAGAAUUUAUACUCACGGGGCUCUCUGACAACACCAAACUGAAAAUUCCAUUGUUCGUCAUAUUUCUGCAUGUUUACAUCACAACCGUGGUUGGUAAUAUUGGUUUUAUGUCUCUAAACAUAAUAGACAAACGUCUUCACAAGCCAAUGUACUUGUUUUUGAGCAAUCUUUCCUUUGUGGACUUCACAUGUUCCUCCACUGUCUUGCCUAAAAUGUUAAAGGACCUUCUAAGUGAAACCAAAGCCAUCUCUUUUGCUGGCUGUGCCAUGCAGUUUUUCUUCUUUGGGUCAUUCGGAAGCACUGAAAGUCUUCUUUUAGGAGUCAUGGCAUACGAUCGAUAUGUAGCCAUUUGUAGCCCAUUGCUAUACCAGGUCCACAUGAGCAGUGUCUUGUGUCUCCAGAUGCUAAUUGCUGCAUAUUUUGGAGGUUUUGUCAAUUCUCUUGUGCACACAGUGGCCGCAUUCCAUCUGAAUUUUUGCAGAUCCAAUAUUAUUGAUCAUUUCUUCUGUGACCUUCCACCACUCUACAAGCUGUCCUGUUCUGAUACAUCCAUGAACUUUGUUGCUUUGAUUAUUUUAGGUAGUUUGGUCAGCGUAAGCAGUAUCAUCCUCAUUUGUGUGUCAUACACCAAUAUUGUCCGGGCCGUUCUGAAGAUACAAUCAGCCCAGGGUAGAUACAAGGCUUUUAACACAUGUUCUUCUCAUAUCACUGCUGUCAGUGUCUUCUAUGUAACCGUGUUCUUCAUGUAUUUUCGUCCAUCCUCCAGCAUUUUAGAUCAGGACUGGGUGGCUUCUGUCUUCUACAGUAUUGGUAUACCAAUGUUAAAUCCUCUGAUAUAUAGCUUUAGGAAUGCUGAGGUCAUAGAAGUUUUAAAGAGUUCUUGGAAAUGUUUUAAAUAA